AUGGAGGACGGCGAUCCGUCCACGCAACAUGCAGCCGUCAUCAAGGCGGGAUGGCUGGACAAGAACCCGCCGCAGGGCUCAUACAUAUUCCAGAGACGAUGGGUGAAGUUGGACACUGACUACCUCCGGUACUAUGACAGCGACAAGGACAUGUACUCCAAGCGUAUGAUCAAGACAAGCGCCAUAACCAGGGUGGCUUCCAUGGGAGACCAGAAAUUCGAGGUGGCAACGUCCAAUAGGAACUUCAUGUUCCGAGCCGAGAGUGACGCGGAAAGGAACGACUGGGUGAAAGCCUUCCAGCAGAUCCUGGAUGAGCGAAAGACGAAGGUGCUCAGUGCCUCCACCUCGACCCAAGAGAACCCAGACAAAUUCGGCCCCCUGGAGAUGAAAGGGUGUAAGCCCAAGCUGUUUGUGGUGGUGGCGGCGGACAAGGUCUAUCUGUACAAAAAUGGAGAGGAUUUUUUCUCCGGGGUCGGAAUUACCUCCAUUGACAUGAAUGUCGGCAACGUGAAGGAAGUGGACAAGAAGUGCUUCGAUCUGACCACACCGUACAAGACCUUCAGUUUCAUCGCGGACAGCGAGCAGGAGCGGGCGGAGUGGGUGGAAGCC